UGCGUUACAUUCUCAAAGUAGUUAAGGUUAGGUCCAUCUUUCCCAUAACAACAAGUCAACAACCAACAAAACAUCCUUAUCAUCGUAUAUUAUUACCUAUGUUUGACCAACUAAUAAACAUAUUAUAAAAAACCCAUUAUAUUCAUAUUCAUCCAUUCUUCUCUUACAACAAAACAAACAUGAACUUCUUGAACUCAAUUCUUGAAAGAGUCUCUACAAGGCUACCAAUAUUAUUCUAUGCAGCAACAUGGACAACCUUAUUAACAAUAAUAGUAGCGGUGGCUUCAUUUUCUCCAGAAUUUGCUUUUGUUUCCGCGAUAACGCCAUCAUCUUCCUUCUCUCAAGCUUGUCAUGAUGAAAGAGGACAUGUGAGAAUUCCAUUGGAUUUACCAUUAGAGGUUUUUUGUUUCCCUAAUGACAUGUUUAAAAGGUCUAAAAUGGAUUUGAUAGUUCCUCCUAUUUUUGCUGCUACUAUUGUGGCUGUAUCUGCUUAUGUUGUUAAAGCUUUGGCUUUGUGGGAAGUUGAUGAUCAACAUAAUCAAUUUUGACUUUUUCUUGUAA